GGAGCGGCACGCGAGCAGGACGUGGGGUGGAAAGGAAGGGAAUGAACAGGACAAGACAGGACAGGGAAGGCACUGGGGUCUAGGAGCGUGAGGGGGAGGAGGUGAUUGGCAGGAGAAUUGUCAACACAACAGUUGCAAGGAUGCAUUUUGGAAAAGACCUGCAGCUGGAACAGUUAAUAGAUGAAGCUAUUAGAAGAGGUACAUUUAAGUCACUGGAAGAAUUACAAGAAGAAAGCGAUGAGGCUGUUACUUGCAGAUGCAGCAAGCAAAUGAUAAACAAACUAAAUAAACUCAUCCUAAGGGAGCUAAAUAAAAUGGAAGUUAAGAACACCACAUUGUUGUUUAAUUGCAUACAUAAAUACGGAAAACGUAUGAGCAUACAAGGAGAAGAUGGCUUGGCAGCAAUGACGAAGCAAGGACUGGUUCAGAAGAUAAGUAAUAUAUGA